UCAAAAUUCAAAAUCAGUCAUGAGAGUAAUAUAUAAAAUUGGGAAAUCGAAGGGAAAGUUCGUCUCAUCGGAACAAACCCAACAAAAAGUAAAGAACUGAGGGAGAACAGACAAUACAUGGUUUUGAUCCUUUGAUCGCAUCACUCUAUCAUGGCUGGACCGUCAUGGUUGGUUGACAGCAGUAGAAUUGCAACAAAAAUCAGAAGUGCAUCUGGUUUGUGUGAUCCUGGAAGAGUCAACUGGAAAAGCAACCCAACUAGAGCUUGCCCUAAUUGCGAACAUAUUAUUGACAAUAGUGAUGUGACUCAAGAGUGGCCAGGCUUACCUAGAGGUGUGAAAUUUGAUCCAUCUGAUCCAGAGAUUAUAUGGCAUUUACUUGCAAAAGUCAGUGUUGGCAAUAUGAAACCACAUCCUUUCAUUGAGGAGUUCAUUCCAACUGUUAAUGAAGAUGAUGGAAUUUGUUAUACACAUCCUCAGAAUUUGCCAGGUGUUAAGCAAGAUGGAAGUGUUUCUCACUUCUUUCAUAGAGCAAUCAAGGCUUAUAGUACCGGAACUCGGAAGCGUCGGAAGAUACAUGGUGAUGAUUUUGGUGAUGUUCGUUGGCAUAAGACUGGCCGGACCAAACCUGUUAACUUGGAUGGCGUUCAAAAAGGAUGUAAGAAAAUUAUGGUUCUUUAUAUGGGCCCACCAAGGGGUGGGAAACCAGAGAAAACCAAUUGGGUGAUGCAUCAGUAUCACUUGGGCACCGGAGAAGAUGAAAAGGAGGGAGAGUAUGUUAUCUCCAAGGUGUUUUAUCAGCAACAAGUCAAGCAGACAGACAAAUUUGAACAAGAUUUGCCUGAGGGCAUUGAUUUCAUGAUUGUAAAAGUUGAUCCAGUCACUCCAAAGUCCGUGACUCCUGAACCACCUCGUAUUGAAUGGCGAUUUUCUAAUUUUGACCCAGAUCCUUCUCCUCAGCAUCAUGAGAUAGGGCUUGUUGAAGAUGAUGUGCAAACUCCAUGUGGAGAACCCAAUCAUCAAGGCUCACUAGUGACAGAAAUUCAUACUGAUCAAAUGCCUGAUAAUAACGAUAAUCAAACUGGGGAAGACCAUUUUGUGCAAACUCCAUGUGGAGAACCCAAUCAUCAAGGCUCACUAGUGACAGAAAUUCAUACUGAUCAAAUGCCAGUUAAUAUUGAUAAUCAAACUGGGGAAGACCCAAAAUGGUGGGACGGUGAGUCACAGUAUCUGUUAGAUUCACAACAACUUGUGGAAGGGCUAUCUUUGUGUGAUGAGUUUCUCCGGAGCCAAUCCCCAAAUAGAGAUGGGUCUGAAAAUGGAGAAUCGAAGGGCAAGUCCCGCCUUUCCGAUUAUGCUCACUUAGGACCCGAGGAUUUAAAGAAGGAUUUAGAGGUGUGCCAAGAUUUGGUCCUUGAUCCAGCAAACAUAGAUCUCGAUACACCUCCUGAUUUCCGGCUUAGCCAACUUGAAUUUGGAUCACAGGACAGUUUUCUUGCUUGGGGUAAUUGAUUAGGCACGGUGAAACAUCAUCGUUAACUGUUUUUUGUGAAGACUAGGUUCGGUAAAUUGUCCUAGUAAAGCUAAAAUACUCUUCCUCAUAUCGUAAUUACUGUUUGUUUAACAGAUGCUGAUAUGCUUUUUGAUAUGGAUUGAUUGUCAUGUCAGUCCAUUUGCCUUCUUGGAAGAGAUUUGAAAAAAAACAGCCUGUCUAUGUGGUUUUGUUGAUCUUAAAUGUAGCAUCAAGGCUUGAAGUGUAAGCAAAUUUCAAACACCAAUUAUGUUGUAAAUCUUUGAGACAGUCAUCUAAUAUCCUUUUGUUCUGUGCUUUAUUCUCAAUGAUGAUUCACUGGUUGCUCUA